GCACAUCUGGCGGCGUCUAAAGUACCUCCUUCUUAAAAAGAAGUUGGCUCUUCCGCUCGAGGCGUUUCAGUCAACAGUAACUUGGAACGGUGAUUUCUUUAACAAGACAUUAACAUUGUGAUGAGGGGCGUUUUAAAAUGAGAGCGUCUGAUGUGAUGUAAAGUGAGACAGAAGCAAAAAUCAUGCAAAAUGAAGACAACCCAUUUAACAUGAGUGAGGGCUAACUUUUUUAGAGUAAUAUUUGAGAAGGUUUUUUCUGCUUGUUUAAGCAACUGGAAAACCAUGAAACAUGAGUGGCACUAACAUCACAGGAGCUGACUGGCUUGCGUCCUGGAACUUAAAUGGCUCCAUGUACAAUGUGUCUGGCAGUGCAGAUCCAGCCAACAUCAGCUGCAACAGUCCCAGGAGCAACAACUCCUGCUCAGUGGGACAGAUGGAGGGGAGCCCCUACAAGACAGUGGAGAUGGUCUUCAUCGCAUUGGUAACUGGGUCCCUCAGUUUCGUCACCGUAGUGGGAAACAUCCUGGUGAUGCUCUCAAUCAAAGUAAACCGACAUCUACAAACGGUCAACAAUUACUUCCUUUUCAGCCUGGCAUGUGCAGACCUCAUAAUCGGGGUCUUUUCCAUGAACCUCUACACUGUCUACAUCAUCAAGGGCUACUGGCCUCUUGGACCUGUGGUGUGUGAUCUGUGGCUGGCUCUGGACUAUGUGGUCAGCAAUGCCUCUGUCAUGAACCUUCUGAUCAUCAGCUUUGACCGGUACUUCUGCGUGACUAAGCCCCUGACUUACCCAACCAGACGCACGACUAAGAUGGCUGGGCUGAUGAUCGCCGCAGCCUGGAUCCUCUCCUUCAUCCUCUGGGCACCUGCCAUCCUCUUCUGGCAGUUCAUUGUGGGGGAGCGCACAGUCCCAGAGGGGGAGUGCUACAUACAGUUCCUCUCCAACCCCGCCGUGACCUUUGGCACGGCCAUUGCUGCUUUCUACCUGCCCGUCAUCAUCAUGACUGUCCUCUACAUCCACAUCUCUCUGGCCAGCCGCAGCCGUGUGUCAAAGCAGAAACCCGAGACCAAGAAAGAGAAGGCCCUUAAGUCUACCAGCCUGCUGAAGAGCCACAUCCUGAAGCAGAACAACAAUAAUUCCUCCAAGCCCAGCACAGAGUCCAGCGCUGAAGGAGUGAAGAACGGCAAGCUGGAUGAGACCGUCUCCACCAAAGCUGACUCCAGUGUCCAGCCAGAAGAGAAGGACAGUUCCAACGACUCCAGCACAGCUAGCAUUGCCCCCAAAGACACCAAGGAGCGGGCCAAUAGUGUGGCCGCCUCUGAGGGCCCUGCCCCCAACCCUUUACCCGUCAGACUAAACCCUGCCUCCAAGUGGUCAAAGAUCAAGAUUGUCACCAAACAAACAGGGGACGAGUGCAUCACUGCCAUUGAAAUUGUCCCCCCGAGUGCUGAAAACAACUCCAUCCCUGUCAGCCGGCCCAGGACAGUGGCGCGGAAGUUCGCUAGCAUUGCCAGGAGCCAAGUCAAGCGAAAGCGACAGAUGGCAGCCAGGGAGAAGAAGGUGACCAAGACCAUUUUUGCAAUCCUUCUGGCUUUCAUUAUCACAUGGACACCUUACAACGUCAUGGUUCUCAUCAGCACUUUCUGCCACUCCUGUGUCCCAGACACAGUGUGGGCAAUAGGCUACUGGCUAUGCUACGUCAAUAGCACCAUCAAUCCUGCAUGUUACGCUCUCUGCAAUGUGACAUUCAAGAAGACCUUCAAGAACCUCCUCAUGUGUCAAUAUAAAAACAUUGGCACAAGGUAAGCCUGAGGGACUAGCUUGCACAUGUGAGACACAAACUUCUGACAGGGCACCUGCUUGUGGAUUUAACCCUCAUAUAAUGACUGCAAUGGUGGAGAAUCCCAAGAGGCACCUUGUGAUUUUUUUCAUACAUUGUAGAGGUGUUUGUACUGCACAGUGGAAGGAACUUUCACUUUGAAAAUAGGAAUGCUGGCCAGGCCAGGCAUUCGCUACAUGCUGAUAGCGAAAUAUUGUCUGGUUUGAUGCCAGAGCUUUCAGCAGUAUUAUUUCAGCUAUUGGUCUGUGAUAGACUGCCAAGGUCAUGCUGGACCUACAGAAUAUCUAUAGAUCAACAGAAAUGUGGUGACAAUCUUCAAACAAAGCACAGUGAAUUGGUGUUUAGUCACCAAGCCUUCAAUUCACAAUGAAAAACAUUACAACAAAUAACUGUAGUAAUGAUUCUACAA